AUGGGUUAAAUUUGUAUAAAAAGGGCUCGUGAAAUGUAAUGUUCAAACUAGGAAAGAAAUGAAGAGAAUUCAUAUGGUCAAUCAUUUGAGGUUUAUGAGAAAUGUUGUUUAAAAUAAUCUUUUUAGUAUAUGUAAGGAAGAUAAGAAUAGAUUAUAUAAUUGAUGUAACCUGAUCUAUAUUAAGAGCUUCAAUAACAGAUUGAGAAAUAAAAAAAUAGCACUAAAGAAAGUAUAUAAAUCGUGAUGAAUGUACAAUAACUUAAUUAUUCCAAGAUAUUUCUAUAUUUUAAUUUUAAAGAAGAUGAUGUUCAAAGAUGCUUUAAUCUUCUAAAAACUAAUAGUGAUUACAAGGAAGAUUUGAGAUUAAUUGGAAUUUACAGGGAGUCCUCUUUAAAAUAUCAUAAAAAAGAGUUGUGUUCAUUAUGCUCUUAAGAAAAUAUGGAAUGUUAUAGCUUAAGAUGUUAACAUAUUUUUUGCAAGGAUUGCUGGCAUUAAAUGAUAGAGAUUCAAUUAUCCGAUACUAUACCUAUAGUAUAAUGUUUAGAAUAUUAAUGCUUAGAAAGAUUGCCUCAUUAAUUUCUUGAACUUAAUUAAUUAUAUAAGGAAAUAUUGGUUAAGAGAAUGUUGUACAAUGAUAGCAAUUAUACUUGGUGUCCAGGUAAAGUAGAAUUAUUAUUUUAAAGGAUUUAAUUGUUCAAAUAUUUAUAAAUUAUAGGGUCUUACAUUAAAGAUCAAAUGCCAUUGCGGCCUAAAGUUUUGUUCUAAGUGUAAAGUAGAGACUCAUUAUCCAAUUACUUGUGAAACUUUGAAGGAAAUAACAUAAUACAAGGAAUCAAGUUAAAAUUGGACAGCAUUGGAUAUUUCUGUGUGUCCUUUUUGCAGCAGGAGUAUACAGAGAAUUCAAGGCUGCAUUUAGAUGUCAUGUGUUUGUGGAAAUCACUUUUGUAAUAAGUGUUCAUAGCCUUGGAAUAAAGAACAUGGAUAAGACUAUGUUAAUUGUUCCUUUGCAUCUUAUAAUAAAAACCCAUCUUAAAUAUUGAACUAAAUGAGACAAAAUGAAUCUGCUAUCACUAAGGAUAUCUUCUAAUUAGAGAGUUACUAAUAAUAACUCAAUAAAUAGAAUUAGGAUUAUUAAAGUCAUCGACUUUAAAGGAGUUUGAGUAAUUUAAUAAAAUUUAAGUAGUUUGAGAAAAUGUACUAAUUUAUUUAACUUUUUAGUGUUUUAUAUUUUACAUAUUAUUUAAAUGAAAAAUUUAAUGAUAAUAGUUUAGAUCAUUAUUAUGAGAAAUUUUAAUUAGAAAUUACUAACUAUAAAAGAAUUUUGGUAAAUCAAUUAUAAGGGGUACUUUUUGAUGAGUAAGAAGUCAAAAAGAAUGAUAAAAUUGAAUUCAACCAAUUUCUAAAUUUAACUUAUCAGAUGGAUUAGAAUUUGAAAGUCCAAAGACAUUGCUUUAAAAAAUAGAUUAUUGAAUUAUAACAAGAGAAGCAAUAGCUAGUAUAAUGA